ACUUUUUCCCUUUACCUUCACCCUGACCCAACAAAAAUACGGAAGCAACCUCUCGCUCUCUCUCUCUCUUCAUUCUCUUCUUCCCCUUCUCCCGACUCCCACUGUUUCCCCCUUCUUUCUCAUUCUUUUUGUAAAUUGGAACAGGAAAGACUCGGCUAUUUCUUGGGGAUCUUGGUGUUUUGGCGGUAGUAUGGGGAGGCUCUCGAUGGGCAGCCGGAAAUAGGAAUUCCGGCGCCUACCAGGAUGGAAGGGAAGGAUGAGAUCCGGCCGAGGACAGGCGGGGUUUUCCUCUGCAUCGAUCUGAACGAGAUGCCCGAGACCGUUCCUCCCGACGCCUACAACGUCGUAAAGCGGCUCCACGAGAACGUAGCGCCGGCGACGGGGGCACCGGCUGAACACCCAGGCGAGACCGGAGUGGGAGAGGUGCUUGCCUGCGGCUUGUGUGGCCGCCCGGAGACGAGGGGGAGCACGUUGGUCUGCGACGGUUGCGAGCGGGGUUUUCAUUUGAGCUGCCUGAGGAUGCGGCAUCGGCGGGCUGUCGAGCUGGAGGACUGGUUGUGCGGCGAGUGCGAGGAGGCAGGCGACGGGAUCCUUCGGUGGGGGCUGGGGGCAGUGAGCGCCAGCGGGGAGCGGAGGAAGAGUGGCGGUGGGGUAAGGUUGUUGGACAUUAACGCUUUGCCUCCGAAUGACAGCGAGAGCGACGCUGAGGGCGGUGGCGGUGAAGAUACCGCAACUUCUAACUCGAGAAGCCAAAUGUCGAACGAUGAUUUUUUCUCACGGUGGUCGUCGAAAAUGGACUGUAUGAGCAAUGGGUACGACCUAUCGAAUAGGAAAAUUUCAACUGCAGCAGAUUUUAGCAAGAGACGGAGUUUUACGGACGAGAGGACCAGCAAUGAGGCGAGAACGGAUAGAAAUAGUUUGGACAAUGUGGUUUCAGGUAUCACCGCUAAGGCGAAGCCGAAACGUCGAGGUAGGCCUCGAUCAGCAAGUAGGUUGCAGCAGGAUGUUUUGUUAGAAGCGUUGGAAGAUUAUGUUUCAAAGAACCACGGCGUUCUGGGAGAAGGUUGGCGUAUUGAACUCAAGCAGCGCGGGGCUAAUUCCGAGGCAGGUGCAGUUUAUUGUGCACCUGAGGGCAAGGUGCUCUACUCGAUGAGUGAAGUUGCUAUGUAUCUUGGGCUGAAACCAGCUAAAGAUUUUGGAAAUGGGUUUGCAUCUGGACAGAAGCGUCUGCCUUCUUUCAACAGAAAAAGGUGGGAAUCAAUGAGAUUAAAAUGUGCUGGUCUGGAUUCUGUGACCACAGACACUUGUAUGGAUGGUCCAGAUAUCACAAGAAGCGGCAGUGAGGAGAUUUGUUCUGAUAUUGAAAUGGAGGAGCCAAAUGUGUGCCGUCCGAAGUAUGAGGGGAAUGCAAUCGAAGCUACUGCGCAGCUGAACAAUUCAUGCCCUUCAAAACCUAAUAUCAAUUUACCAAUUCAAUACGAGGACUUCUUUAUUCAUCAUCUUGGUAAAAUUGAUUGCCGGCCUCUGUAUCAUAACACUAAUCAGAUAUGGCCCGUUGGAUAUGAAUCUAGCUGGCAUGAUAGGAUAACAGGGUCGUUUUUCACAUGCACCAUUACUGAUGGGGGUGAGUUUGGACCCAUGUUCAAAGUGAGAAGAUGCCCGUGCACUGUGACCUCCAUGCCAGAUGCCGAUACAGUUAUUUCAAAUAUUAAUGACGAGAAGAUCGACAACGAUCAGAAAUUGGGUUUUGAGAAAUCUUAUUGUGAGUUAGGUUUUGAUGAGGAUGAAUCAAUUCAAAUGCAUCUCCAUGAUCCCUGCGAACUUUGUUCUCCUAGUUGCUAUACCUUACAGGGUCCAGGAAACAAUUGUCAACCGGAUGGAUCUCUCUCUUCUGAAUAUAUGGAGCAAUUGCAGCAGCAUUCAUGUUAUAUGGAUGAAAUUGGUGAAUUUUUUGUGGAAGGACGGUCAUCUUCUUCGGUAUGGAGUAUGGUGUCUCAAACACUUAUUGAUGCGUGCAUUGAAAUUUUCAAGCAGUCAGGCGUAUUGCAGUUUUGCUGCAACCAUAAUCUCGGUGAUACGAGGGAAUUGUCUUCACCAUUACCGGAACUCUUUAAUGCUGGGGCAGGAGAAAGUGUUCAAAAUUUGAGAAAAUUCUGCAGUUCUACUGGUCCUAAACACAUUCCUCAGGUGAUUAAAAGUGAAAGUGAUCUUGAGACAUCAUGCGAGGAACUAAGAAAAUGGUUAAACCAGGAUAGGUUUGGAUUGGAUGUGGAGUUUGUUCAGGAACUUCUGGAACAGUCAUCUGGAGUUCAGUCAUGUUCUGACUAUGUUCUUCUUGCUGAAAGGUGUUCACCAGCAGCUUCAAAGACGGUUGGAAGUGGAUUUUUUCUUGCCAAGCGGAAGGCUGAGGUUCACUGUGAAACAGAAAGCACCUCAGAUGAAUUAUGUCGGAGCCUAAAGAGAUCCAGAAAUCUGGAUUCAGUAGUGGAAAAUGAAACUAAGGGAAAGGCCCCUCCUCCUGGCAGGCCAUUGAGUACAAAGCUUCCAUUAGAGUUGGUUGGUGAUGUUCUUCAGAUGUGGGAAUUUCUCGGGCGUUUUCAUGAGGUCCUUGGCAUGAAGGAACCUUUGUCAUUUGAAGAACUUGAAGAAGAGCUUAUUGAACCAUGGCCUAAUGAGCCCAGCGCUCUUGAAAAACUUGAGAAGGAAAUUCAAGAAUAUAGGGAGCUAGCCGAGAAAAAUAAAACUGGUAAUCUUAGUUCCCAUUUCUUGUCACCUGAAAAUGAAUCUGAUUUGGCAAUCAGCAAGGAGAACCAACAUGCAUUCAUUCAAGUAGAGACGUUGUCUGUGAAUGAAGCUGCACAAGGUCGAGUUGCUUCACGUACCUAUGGCAGAUGCACGGGUGUAGCUCUUGCUAAAGCUCAUACUGCACUAUUGAAGUUACUAGUCGGUGAAUUGCAAUACAAGGUUACCGCAAUUUUGGACCCUAAUGCUGAUGCUGGGGAACAAAGACCCAAGCGAGGAAGAAAAAGAGAUUCAGAAGUUUUACAACCUUUAAGAAAACCAAAACCUGAUGUCCUUCCUAUUAAUGAAUUAACUUGGCCAGAGUUAUCCAGGAGAUAUGUUUUAGCUAUCUUGGCUAUGGAUGGUACACAUGAGACUGGAGAGAUCACCAGUCGUGAUAGUGCAAAAAUCUUACGCUGCCUACGAGGAGAUGGCGGUGUUCUGACUGGUGCACUUGCUGGUUUGUCUGGAAUGGAAGCAGAUGCAUUGCUUCUUGCAGAGGCUGAAAAACAAGUUUCAGAUCCGGCAAAUGAGGAUAUUAUUGCUCCGGUGGACUGUAAAGAUAUUGAAAUGGAUAGUGCAUGUGAAAGGGUAGCUAAUGUUAGUGGUGAUUUGCCAGAAUGGGCUCAGGUUUUGGAACCUGUUAGAAAGCUUCCAACAAAUGUGGGGACAAGAAUCAGAAAGUGUGUUUAUGAUGCUCUUGAAAAAAAUCCACCUGACUGGGCACGAGAAAUCUUAUUGCACUCAAUCAGCAAAGAAGUUUACAAGGGUAACGCUUCAGGGCCAACCAAGAAAGCUGUUCUCUCUUUGUUGGCUGAUGUUUGUGGAGAAGGAACACACCGCAAACCUGAUAAAGCAAGAAAACAAAGAAGUGGUCAUUCAUGUGCUGAAAUAAUAAUGAAACAAUGUCGGGCUGUACUACGCAAUUCCCUUGCUGCAGAUGAAGGAAAGGUUUUCUGCAAUUUACUAGGAUCAACUCUCGUAAGCACAAAUGAUAAUGAGGAUGAGGGGAUACUUGGAGCUCCUGCAAUGGUUUCUCGGCCAUUGGAUUUUCGAACAAUUGAUUUGAGGUUGGCAGUGGGUGCAUAUGGUGGAAUGCAUGAAGCUUUUCUUGAAGAUGUUCGGGAGGUUUGGAGUAAUAUUAGCACAGCUUAUGGUGAUAGGCCUGAACUCCUUCAGUUGGCUGAAUCUCUAUCACAGAAUUUUGAAUCUCUAUAUGUAAAAGAGGUCCUUGGCCUCAUCCAGAAACUAAAAGGAAAUGCUGGUCCUGAUGGUAUAAGUUCAGAAGCACAAAAAGACUUGCAAGAUGUUCUUGCUUAUGGAAAUGAAAUUCCUAAAGCUCCUUGGGAAGAAGGUGUAUGCAAAGUAUGUGGCAUCGACAAGGAUGAUGAAAGUGUGUUACUGUGUGAUACAUGUGAUUCCGAAUAUCAUACUUACUGUUUGAGCCCUCCACUUGCAAGAAUACCAGAAGGAAACUGGUAUUGCCCAUCAUGUAUUAGUGGCCAGAGUGGUUCUCAAUUCCAGGCGGCAAAGGAACACACAACAAGGAAAAAGUCCAAGGGAGUGGAUACUCGUGCAUUUUCAGAUGCAUUGGAUCAAUUGGUUUCUGUAAUGGAAGAAAAUGAAUAUUGGGAACUUGGCAUCAAAGAGAGGGCAUUUCUUCUAAAAUUUCUUUGUGAUGAAGCACUGAAUUCUGCUGUUAUCCGCGAACACCUUGAGCAAUGUCAAGAUUCUUCUGUCGAGCUUCAGAGCAAGUUACGUUUGCAAUCCAUAGAGUGGAGAAAUCUGUGCCUUAGGGAAGAAUUUAGUCUCAAGAUGGCCAAGGAAACUGUUAACAAAUCUUAUGGAGUUACUGAAGAUCUGAGAGGUCAAGGGCAGGCUGGUAGCUUUAUGUGUGAAAUGAUGGGACAGCAUCAGCUCCUUACAAAUGGAUCUGAUCAGAGGAUGACAUUCUCUGGUUAUUUGCAGAAUAACUCAUUAAAUAAGCUGAGCAUUCCUUUUCCGGGUAGUGCAUCAAAUGGUCUUAAUAAGCAUGUGGGAUACCUUUUACCCAGAAGCAUGGAAGCAAAUCAUCUUGGUGGUUUUGCCGAUCAAUCUACUAAAAUGCCUACGGAUGUUCCUGUUUCAGAUAGUGAGAGUACCUUUAAAAGUAAGGAUAUCAUGCACAGCAUGUUUCCAUUCUUGCUGUCUGGAAAAAUAGAUAAAGAAAACCCAAAAAAUUCUCGUCUUCCGGCACUAGGUGGAAAUCACCAGAAUGAGGAGCUUAAUCGGGUUAGCAUUGUUGAACAUGGGGAUGCCUUUCAAAAUGUUUCAAAUGUGGUAAACUGUUUACAGAAUAGUGCUGAAAAGAUUCAUGACCUGAAUUCUGAGAAGAGUGAGUUGAUGCCAUUAUCUGCUGUGAAACAGAUGGAUCAGUCAGAAAAGGUGAGGCCCUCUUUCCCAGAAGAAGUUUCUGCCAAUUCAGUGGCAUGUGCACCAAACAGAUAUUCAGUGGAUUCAACAAAGAAAUUCUCCCAAGAUAAUUUGUUGAAUGGUCAUGUCAACAAUAUAUGUUUGGGGACGACUGAGCCUGAGCCUCAUGAAGCUUGUAGUUUGGUGGCUGAUCCAUUAAGACAACAAAUCCUGCAGCUGCAGGAAACAAUUGCCAAUACAGAAACCCAACUUCUGAAAGUCUGCAUGAGGAGAGAAUUUUUGGGUCGCGAUUCUAUUGGUAGACUCUACUGGGCAUUUAGCAGACCCAACAAUUAUCCUUGGCUGGUCGUUGAUGGAAGCAUGCAGGUGAAAAGAGACCAAAGGAAACCAUGUGAGGCUACAGAUGCCCUUUUGAAACCUUCGUCUGACUUACCUUCUUCUUCUAGUGUUCCUUCCAGCGGAAGGUCUCAACAGGAAACGUUUACAGAAUUGAGUCCCGCGCGUGGAUUUCUAUCUGUGAAUUCCAGUGUGUUUGAAUGUGUACAGAAUGCUGUAAUUUUAGGUUCUCCUUUUCCAUGGGUUAUCUAUGAAACUGCUUCAGAAAUUCAUGAACUCAUGGACUGGUUGAAGUGCAGCCACUCUCAGGAGGUGGAUUUGGGAGAAUGGGAUCUACAGCUACAGCGAGUUAGGCCUCUGCCUGUUAGUACCUCUGUUUCAGAUGAUCCACAGGCAGACGAGACACUGCCUCUUAAAGGUGGUGAGAAGACAUUGUCCUUUCAGUUUCUGAAUACACAUGCGACUGCCUUAUUGGAGAAGAAGUAUGGGCCUUGCUUGGAACCAGAUGCAGGGGAUGCACUGAAGAGGCGUGGAAGAAAGACUAAGAUAUCCCAUGAGGAGCGAAUGUUUAGAUGUGAAUGUUUGGAGCCAGUGUGGCCUUCACGCUAUCACUGCAUCUCAUGCCAUCAUACUUUUUGCAACAGUGUUGAACUUGAGGAGCAUAAUGAUGGAAAAUGUAAUUCAGUUACAGAGGAAAACAAGGAAAACGAUGAAAUUUCCAAGGGAAGGGGAAUGAAGUCAGAGUGUAGUCGUCAUACUGAGCAUAUUGAAGAUGCAGAUUUGUUGGAGACAUCAAAGAAUGGUAGAAUAGGCUUGAGCUUGAAAUAUAGCAAAUUUAGGAAGAAGAGUGCACCUUGCCCCUAUGACAUUGAAGAGAUCAUUAAUAAAUUUUUCACAAAGGACUCUAACAAAGAGAUAGUGAGAGAGAUAGGGCUUCUUGGAUCUGGUGGUGUCCCAACAUUUGUUCCGGUUCCAUCCUUUUCAUCUACCUUUGAUUCUUCCCUUCAGAGGUUUCAUGAAGAUACACAUGAAACUGAUGAAAUGUCAAGAUUGGUUACUCAUGAAGAACAAGUAUCUAUUUCUGCAGCAGAGGUUAAUGAUGGUAAUCAAGCUCUGACUGGUGUGCUAUCAUUGAAUGAUAUGGGAACAGAUGUAAAUGAAAGCAUGGGUGAUGGAGGGGCGUUAAAGUUUGAAAGAUGCAUUUCUACUACCUUAGAUAACAAGGCGGAGGCAUUUGGUCUUUCAAAUGACAGAAUAUCAGAUGCCGGACCAAGCCACAAGUGUGUAAUUCCAGAAAUCUCACUAAGGCCUCUCUUUGGUAGGAGCUCCCAAAUCUUAAAGCGGCUUAAAAUGAACCUGCUUGAUAUGGAUGCAGCUUUGACUGAUGAAGCAAUGAGGCCAUCAAGAUCAUCUUUAUCAAAGAGACGUGCUUGGCGUUCUCUUGUCAAAUCUGCAGAAUCGAUCUUUGAGAUGGUUCAAGCAACGAUCAUAUUUGAGAAUAUGAUCAAAACCGAAUUUAUGAGAAACGGAUGGUGGUAUUGGUCAUCCUUCUCUGCAGCCAUAAAAAUAUCCACAGUUUCAUCACUUGCACUUCGCGUAUAUGCUUUGGAUGCUGCAAUUGUGUAUCAGAAGGCAGGCCCUGGUUCAGACCCUCAGGAAAACUCCAAGAUAGUGAAGCCAGGGAGGAAACGGAAGGACUCUGAUGCGUGAGCAGGGGCACCAACAGCCAAUCUUUGGCAAUAGUUUUUUUGUGUUCCAUGAGUCCGUGGGUCCAAAUUUUUGGGUAAUUAUUAGUUUUAACAAGUCUACCACAGCAAAUUACUGAAUGGAAAUCUAAGGAUUGGUUGCUGAUCUUCUGGCGGAAACCUCGCAUAAUUGAAGAUCUAUCUCUUAAUGAAUUGCUCGUGGUUCCAUUGAAUUGAAGAUUGGACUUGAUGUUGCUUCCUUCUGCCGCUCCCUGCCACCUUCCUCAGUGGCGAUACCAUUGCUUCUGCACCCGUGUAUAUAGAUCACGCUAACAUGGUAACAAGAGCACCACGCAGGGUGGACAGUAGCUGUGCAGAAUGUGCUAUAUGAGAAUGACUGUAGAGCUUCUGGUAGCUGUCACCAGAAGAAUCUGGCAAUUUUUUCCUUGAAUGGGAGUAAGUCGCUAACAGGUUCUAAACCAACAUACACGUCAAAGAAUCAUGUAACCCAGGGAUGAAACUCGUUGAGAGUUUAAUCAAGUGUAUCAUUCUUUA